AUGCUUGGGAGUUCGGGGUUGUUGUUUCUACUUGUGCUUUGUGGGCAGAGCCUUUCCCAAAAAGUCAAGCCCUACUUCAUUGAAGAUAUCAACAAAGAUGUAGAUACCACAAAUCUCCGUAUUGUAUCUGGUUGGGAGGCGACUCCCGGUCAGCACCCCCACCACGCCGCCCUCCGCAUGGUGGAUCCAACCGGCGGAGUGUUUGCUUGCGGUGGCUCUAUCGUCCACAGGGAGUGGGUGAUCACUGCUGCUCACUGUGUUGCCGGACGCAUCACGGUGGUCAUUCGCGCCGGCGUUACGAACUUGACCACUCCGGAAUACAUUUCGGAAUCGACAGAAUGGUACAACUACCCCACGUAUGACGACACGCGGCCUAACUUGGUACAGCCCAACGACAUCUCUUUACUGAGACUCCAUCGACCGGUUGUCUUUACCAGAUACCUCCAGCCAAUUCGUGUGCAAUCAUCGGCUGAUGCCUUCAGGAACUACGACGGCCUCACCGUGUACGCCAGCGGUCAUGGUCGUCUCUGGACCAAUGGUGCUACUCCCGAGGUCCUGAACUGGGUAUACUUGCGUGCUGUCGCCAACCCGACUUGCGCCCUCAACUUCGGCACCCUGAUUACGCCGAAUGCGAUCUGCGCCAGAUUCUUCAAUGUGACGUCACAGUCUACUUGCCAGGGUGACAGCGGCGGUCCACUCGUCCACGUGGAUCCUGAGGGUGUACCGAUUCUGAUCGGUGUGACCUCCUUUGUUGCCGGCGGCGAAUUCGGUUGUCACUCUGGUUUCCCAGCUGGUUUCAUUCGUCCUGGACCAUUCCAUGACUGGUUCUAUCGUGUCUCGGGAGUAGAUUUCGAAAAUCUUGACCACGACGAGGUCACUGAAGAACCAGAACCGGAAACCACUACCUCGCCACCUACCACCGUUACACCAGAACCUGAAGAAGAGGAAGACUCUGGCGAAGACUCCGAAGAGGAUUCCGAGGAAGACCCGGAUCUGUCUGAAUUGUUGAAGAAAUUAGAGGUCAAAGUUAAGGUGAAGGUCAAGGUUAACAAAUUUAAGCUGAAGAAGAAGGUUCACGUUAAGAAACGAAUUCCAGCACGCAGUCAUUAA